UGGAACUAAGCAGGAGGUUAUUUAUUUGUCAGUAGCUCUAGAAAGUUGGGCUGAAAUGUGUAAGAAUGGCUGAGGACUAUUAUGGAAGCUGGCUUUUGCAAACCUAGGCACCUAUCCAUCAGCACUGAGAAUUAAAGGUGAAAAAUUGCCCACUCCCCAAGUAAGUGAAGGGCUAUCUACAGAUUCUUUCUAUACUGUAUCUGUAAAAGCAAGUGUUCCAGGAGAGCUCAAACGGCUUCUGAUGUCCCUCAGUCCCAACCUAGAUGAUGACACCAAGAGGAUGACACUUCGUAAUAUCGCUCAAAUUAUCUACUUGACGGAAUCUGAGGCAAGUGGUUGCACCAAUGAUGACAUAAAAUUAGUGGCCUCUUUCCUGGAUGAUAGGGAUAAAGAGACUAAAACUGAGGCUCUGAAUGCCCUCAAAGCCUUCACUGCCAUCUGGAAGUUUAAAAUCAAAAUCCAGGAAUAUGUCCCCCAGAUCAUUGAGAUUGUGACAAGCAACUGGGACAACGAUCUGCAACUUGCUGGUUUGAAGCUGCUGAAUACGUUGCACAUACCAGAUCACACACACGCAUCAUUGAGAACGCAGCUUACAAACUUUAUGGACAUUCUGCUCACAGCAAACACUUCGACCAAGGUACAAGUUCUCAAAUUUCUUCAUACACUCAUUGAGAAAGAAGACUUGCUAUAUGACAUCAUGAAUUGCCAGGUACCCGCUGACUUCCUGAACCUCUUCCAGACUUCUCACCCUGGGAAUCUGCUUUGCAAGAUGUUAGCAUUUGUGGAACGACUUAGCGAAGGGCGCCAAUCUCCGCAGUACCAGUCAAUGCAGUGGGACUAUAACAAAAACUCCCUCCAUGAAAUCAUCUUUGGUGACAAUUCCCGCCUUUCUGAGCGCUUGCUGGCUCUCAUUGUCCAUCCUGAAGAAGACGUGCAGACUCAGGCUUGCAAAUUGAUCCUCAGCCUGAAGAUAAACAAGGAAGAAAGCAGGAUCUUUAGUGGGCAUACUCUAGGGUCUGAACUCAGUGGUUACCCUCUUGAAUCCACUAGACAAAGCCAGAUUGCCAAUGCCUCCCUUAUUAGCCAGCCUUUAAUCCCAACCACUGAGUCUUCCUCUGAUGCUCCUCACAGGAACAGUGGUGGCAGCUUUCACCCUCUCCCGAGCACCAAUGAGAUUAGUGGUGGCAGCGUUCACCCUCUCCCGAGCACCAAUGAGAUUAGUGGUGGCAGCUUUCACCCUCUCCCGAGCACCAAUGAGAUUAGUGGUGGCAGCUUUCACCCUCUCCCAGGUACCAAUGAGGUUAGUGGUGGCAGCUUUCACCCUCUCCUGGGCACCAAUGAGACUAGUGAUAGCAGCGUUCACCCUCUCCUGGGCACCAAUGAGACUAGUGAUGGCAGCUUUCACCCUCUCCCAGGUACCAAUGAGACUGGCCAUAGCUUUUAUCCCCUUGAGAGAGCUGAUCAUAGCUUCCAGCCCCUUCCGUAUAUCAGUAUGGUGGGUAGUGAGCGUGUCCUGGAGGAACCCAUGGAUAGUUUUCACACUCCCCCAGUUGCUAGGUCAGAUGAAAAUGACAACAGCACUUGAAGGGGGCAGUUGUACAGAUGAAAAAAGAGACUAAUAAAGUGGGUUGGCAAAUAAAGGAAAGUGUCUUUCUGUCUCUCUACAAAAAGAAAAGUGCAAAAGAGACCAAUAUUCCUGCCUCUCCCAAAUCAGCCCUUUUCUGAAGAGUUUAAAAAAUCAGUCCCUUUUCUGUCACUGAGGUGUUGAAUACUGACAGGUGUAAGCAACCUAAACCACUCAUAAAUAAUCUCAAACAGAAGCUUUAUUUUUAGUCAGCUAUGUUACAAGAAACUCACUAGGCUGACUGCAUUUCCUUGAGAACAGGCAGACCAGGCAUUAGGGAUUCUGGGGCAGGGCAGGCCUGUGCUGCUUUCUGCAAUGCAAAGACUCUGAACUUGUAUCCUUCUUAACACUUCCCUCCAGUCUAGCUGGAGAUUCCACUACAAAUAAUAACCAUAUCCUCUCUUUCUUUUAUUGGAGCAUUGUAAAUAACCUUUCAGUGAUUUCAGUCCAAAGCUACACCUUGCUAAAAUUUGGUUGGCUUAGCAUAUCAUAGCAAAGUUGAUUGAACAAAUGUCCUUUCCCUUUCAAACUAUUUAAAAUUGCUUAAAAGUUUAUUGUCAUCCUUUUGGAACACACACACACACAAAUACACACAAACACACACACACACGCAAUGUUAUCCAACUUACACAAACCUUUCUUUCAAUUAAAAUACGAGUACAUUUCCCAGG